CAACCCCAGACAGUAUGGAGAAGAGCCAGUAUGGACCCCCGCAGUACGUGUCUGCUCCCCCCUACCCUGGCCUCCCAGCGGGCUACCAGGGAAGUGGAGGGGGAACAGCCUAACCCCCUCAGCCUGGCUACCAGGGAAGUGGCGGGGGAACAGCCUACCCCCCCCCAGCCUGGCUUCCAGGGAGGUCCCCAACCCGGCAUGUACCCACCACCUCCCCAAUAUGACAUGGGCAUGGCACAACCUACAAACGCCCCCAGCGUAACCCAGGUGGUGGUGAUGCAGCAGCUGCUGCCUAGAGACGUACCCGGCCAGAUGACGUGUAACCACUGUCAAGUCCCGGUUCUGACAGAGACCACACACACCCCUGGACUGCGCACCUGGGUCAUCUGUGGAGUCCUCGGCGUCUUUAUGUGCUGGCCAUGCUGUUUGAUUCCUUUCUGUGUUGACUCCUGUAAGGACGUAGAACACCGCUGCCCCAACUGCAAGAGAGUGAUCCACAUCCACAAACGCGAAUAGGCCAAGAUGAGACGCCUGCCACAAAGUGAUCCACAACUAGCCCCGGCCCACAGACACUGCUGCCACAAAGUGAUCCAUACCUUUAUGAAUCCAUUCCAAUACACCACUAGUCUACACUACACCACUAGUCUACACUACACCACUAGUCUACACUACACCACUAGUCUACACCACUAGUCUACACCACUAGUCUACACCACUAGUAGGUCAAGAACGCUUUUAGUACCUGAGUAAUGGUGACUCUUAUUUCCAACCAUAACACACACACACACACACACACACACACAUACAUACACACACACACUUGUGAAGCAACGUGCUCCUCAUGAAAAUAUAAAUAUCUGUGGUGAGAAGUCACAGUGUAAAGACAAUAGUCUGUCUGUGGCUGAGAUGACUACUGGAAGACCAGCUUAACAUUGACUAGUGUCAGUGUGUAACAAGCUAAGGCCAUUUCUAGCAGACCUUUUACACUGAUUGUAAUGUAUGUUUUCUUUCAUUCUGUGAAUCUUCAUGUUGAACAGAAAGUAGGAUUCUAUUUGUAUUGACGUUGGUAUCGAUUGGUUGUUGUUUUUUUUAAAGGCACAGUCCACAGUUGAAACUAUAAAAAAGCUGAAUCCCGCCUCUGUUUUUGUAAAAAGCUGCGGGAUGGGGCUGGAGAAAUGUAACCACUCUCAAAGACAGAGCUAUGCAUGCAAUGACUGACCAUCCAACGUUAUAGCUUUAUCCAUGUUUUGAGGCUAUACAGUGUUUGUUUACAUUUACAAACAUUGGAGCAAA